AUGGUGAUAAUCGUUAAGAGACAAUACGGUUCAGCCAUGUAUUCACUGCAACAAAGCGUCGACUUUUACAACUUCGAGAGCGACGACAACUACAAGAAGUGGAAGAAGACGUUCCUGACGUCGCUGGAGCUGAUCCAACAGCGGGUCCACUCGGGUCUCACCGCCAAACAGGACGCUCUCCUCUAUGUGGAGGGCCUUAUUGACUCUGAUAACAGCGUUAACUAA